UUUUUGGAAGCAUGGGAUGUAUGGUUGCCUAGCAACUAGCAGUUAAAUUUGCGAUAUUCAAAACAUCAGCCCGCUACCCUUUUUGAGCUAGAGGAAGAUUCUCACAGCAGACUCUGUUUGCUGAUGGUCCCUGUUUUUUCAGUAUGUGACAUUUAAGUAAAAAAAAAAAAUGAUUCUUACAAACUGCCAUCAAAUGGAUGAGAUUUGUGAUGUUUUUUUGAACUUUUACAAGUUUGCAAAAUUAAAAUAGAUUUGUUAGAUUUAAAUGUUAGACUUGUAAAUGCAUUUUCAAAGGGCGCUCUGUUUCCUCACAUCAGGUAGGUUGGCAGGUCCAGGCUUUGGAAGAGAUGGAGUGAUCUACCGGAAACUCAAGUAGAAGGCACUAACAGGGCCUUUAAAUGUGUCAUCCCUCAUAUAUUAUACUGUUGAAUGAUCAAAUCUGAUUGGUUGACGAACGUUAAUUUUUUUUCAGGGAAAUGCAUGCCUAAAGUAGUUCUAGCAGGUCUUGACCGCAUUAGUUUCAUAUCACUUCGCCAAAUGAUUUCAGUUAUUUCAAAGGUCCUACAGCCUACAACCGCAAAAGAACCAAAACCCACAAAGACACAGACCAAGAAAAUAAAUAUAAUAAACAGGUUAAUAACGACAAUUUUUUUCCAUGUAUUUUGACACAAAAUUACAUUUUAUUGUGCACGAAAAGCACAUACUCUCUUUCUCCAACUUAUAUACUCAUAUUUUAAUUUAGUUUAACUUGAUUUUAAAAACUAAAACUGAACACCUUAGCAACACCCUAUCAACCACCCAAAGCUCCAUAGCAAAUGCCUAGCAACUUCAUAGUAACACCCUAGCAACAACAUAAAAAUCUGUCUGAGAGACUGCAUGGCCUUAGUUCUUCAUACUUUGAGCUUUGUAAACUACAAACAUUCUGACAUUUUAUCUAGUUUAAUGUUCUAAAAUAACUAAAACUGAAAUAAAAAAUGUAAAUCUAUAGACAUGAUAAAAUAAAAAAUUUUAAUACUUUACAAUUAAAAUGAAAACAUUCAAAGUAUUAAUGAAAACUACUAGCAUCUCGAUGCUAAAAUAAAACCACAAUAAAUUAAUCAUUAUUAUUUUUUAUUCAUAUAACUUGUUUAACAUUAACAAAUAUGCAUACAGGUUUGUGACCUUGGACCAUACAUGUGUCCACGAAUAUUUAUGUAUUUAUUUGUUUAAAGACAGCAUAUAUUUACAUAUAUGGAUGGUUGUCAGAGUGUUGUUAUGCAGUUGCUAGGUUCAAAUGUUUACAUGCCUCCAAUCUGGAAACAAUGUCUGAUUCUCGUGUUUUGUCGCAUUACGUGUACAGACAGUAACGUUACACCGGUUCUUUACCCGGAGAGCUGAAGUUCAAUACUCGUAGAGGUGUAUUCUAAGUCUAAGCAAUAAUAACAGUGAUGCUUGAAUUAAUAGCAAGUAGCACUGGUCAUGAAAACGUGUCUUCUUCAUACAUGUCAACGUGAGAUCGUGAGCUCAGCAAGAGCGCUGGCUGCACUCGAGCUGAAUGGCUCAGUCGGUUGCUAUGGAGACGCCUAACACAGCGCAGCUGUCAGUCACUGAUGAGUUUGAACCGCACAAGGACGUUUGCUGAUUUCUGCGCGAGGAUAAUUAAUGCUGCUGCUGAUCACGCGCGAGCUUCAGAACACAGAAGGGCAGAGAGCUGUGAGUCUCACAUAGAGAUGAGUGAUCAGUCCACCAUGGAUGUCCCUCCAGUCUUCAGACAAAAUCAAACUUCAGAUGUAAUGCACGUGCAGGAGCGGAGGGAUCGCAGUGAAGCGUUCGAGAGCUUAGAGCUCUGGCUGGAGUCAAGAAGUCUGGAGAGCUGUGGACUGUCUCUCUCUCACCUCUUCUCUCUCUGCACCACUCUUCCGGUAUCUGAGAGAGGAGACGGGCUGGACAGACAGAUGCACAUCAGCCAUGAGUCACUGGCUGAAUUUGAGGAGCAGCUUUACAUUGCCAUUGAGAUGUACCAUGACCAAAUUAAGUGGCUAAGUCAAGGAAACAGGAAGGUGUUUGGGGUGGUGAACGGAUCCCGAGUUGGAGUGCUUGUUGACACGUCCGAUUUUAACUGCUUUGCAGAGAGACUAGCAGAUCUACAGCGAGAGCUCUUAACUCUCAUUGAGGAGCAACUGCGCUUCAAAAACCAACUGUAUCUACUGUCCUACGGCUCAGAGGUCAGCAGCCUUUGGGACAAACCGCUAGAUAUCUGCCCUCUACGGCUCAGGGAGUGUUAUGCAUGGGUCAUGCAGCUUCAAGCUGGUGGAGGCUGUGAUCUCCUGCAGGCACUACAGAGGACACUGACCCACUCACAGCUGGACACGCUGCUCAUCAUCCUGGCCGCUCGCCCUGAUCAGACCGUGGACAUUAUCUGUGAUUGUUUAGCUCUGAACCGAAUGCCCUCUGUUCAUGCGGUCGCCUACAACUGCAGCAGUCCCGCCGCCAUUGAGACUGUGAAGCGAAUGGCGGCAGUUUCUGGGGGGAGAUAUCACCUUUUUUCUGCUGCACUGGGUGUGGUAGACAGCAGUACAGAUGUAGAUCUUCUGUGGGCGGAGAUUAAAGCAGCUCGGGAUGUUCUUACCCAAAUUCAGAACAUGCGUCAGGGUCGACUUGGAGACACAGCUGUCACUGUUGAGUCAGAGAUCUCCACGGGUUUGAGUAGCCUUACUCUUUCUGACUUCAGUCCUGUACGUUCUGCUCGUGGUGCUCCGCUGUGCAUCAAACCCACAGGCCCAGCACCCAGCAGCUCCAGUGAAUGGCUGAAGAUCCACGGCCUGAAGGCUCAGAAGCUGGAUCUAUAUCAGCUGCUGGCUCGUAAUGCCUAUUCUCCACAAGAGACGUUUGUGCCAAUCUUGGGAAAGACUGUUUCCGCUACAGUUCAUGAGCGGGUGAUGGUACAGUUUGUGUGGCAUGAUGGAACAAUGAAGAAUUUGCAUGUCGAUCUUCCAUCACUGCAAAAGUACCAGAAGCGGCUGAUGGAUGCUGUGCAACUGUUUGAAAGGAGAGUUGAGUGGCUGAACAGGAUGGGCAGCCAGCAGAUAUGGGGAUCUGUGUGCGAGCAGAGGGUGCAGAUUCUUCUGGACAUGUCUGGGAUGAACACCCACUACCAGCUCCACAUCCAGCACGCCCUCCGGAUACUCCUGCAGGAGCAGCUGGCUAAUAAACACAGCUUCAAUGUCAUUGUGUUUGGAUCAGAUGUCAAGUCAUGGCAGGAGAAGAUGGUUCCCUCCACCCAUGAAAACCUUCAAGCUGUUUGGCAGUGGAUUCAGGCAUUAGAGUGUGUCGGGGGUCGUAAUACUCUGGCUGCUCUACGGCGCGCUCUAGAGGAGGAACCGCAGGAAGAAACGGUGCUGACUCAUGGCGUUUACCUCCUCACCACCAGCAUGCCAGAUCAACACAUGGUUUCUGUCACUGCUUAUGUGUCUGAGUGCUGCAGCGCAACAAACCUGAACCUCCAUGUGUGCCUGUUCACCGGAGAGGAGGACACUGUUCGAUGCCCUCCGCCUCGUCACGCCACACGGGCCGAAACCGCACACGCUCUGCGCAGCCUGGCACAUGCGGGCAAUGGACGCUUCCUCUGGACGACUGAGACUGGCAUCGUGGAGAGUGAUGACAUCAGUGCCCUAAUUGGAGAAAUGGAGACGGCCGCUAAUUAUUGUCAGAAGUGCUCUGAACUACUGGACUCUCUGAUCCAGAAGGGCUCCGGCAGGGGUUCUGGAGAAGCGAGUACCCCAUCCCUCAAACCCCAGGCCUGGACCCACAAAACAAAACUGCCGUCUCCCAGACCCUCAACACUCAGCCUGGCGAGACUGGAAAGCAGACAGAUGAGCAGAUUUGCACAUAACAGCUCAGCUUGGAGGCCAAACAGCUCUAAAGCAGAAAUCCCAGCAGGUGUGAUGUCUUCACAACAUCCUGACUUCCAGUCAGCUGAUUUCAGCACACCGGCUGGGCGGACAAAGCCUGCUGAUCAGAGGAGAGCCACUGUGUCUCAGUCUGUCUUUUUCAUGGAAGAUGGCAACUUGGGUGUUGUCUUCAAGAAAUAUCCAAAACCCAAGAGUGUGCGCAAGUCUAUCAAUACGAUUAAAUUGGCAAAACAUGAAGACAUCUGUUCAACUAAACAGUGGCUGAAAAGGUUUGGUAUAAAGAAUCUGAAGUUGGACCUUCACAAACUGAUAUCUGGACCCGAAUGCUGUCAUCACAACAAACUGGUGCCGUCUGUCCAGAAGAGAGUGUCUGCUAAGUACUGCGACAUAUUCCCUAGUGUCCAAGUCAAUGGGGCAGUGAGACACCUGCAUCUGACUCCUGGUGAGUUAAAGCACUACCUCAAUCAGACAGAGAAACUGAUGCAGCGCUACAGCCGAAGACUGGAGUGGUUACUGACAGGCAGCAGGCGUAUGUUCGGAUCAGUGCUGGAAAAGGACGUCUGUGUUCUACUGGAUGUGUCUGGAUCAAUGGCUCCCUGCCUCCCUGAACUCCAGAAGGGACUGACCUUACUGAUCUGGGAUCAGCUGCAUGCCAACAGCGUGAGGUUUAAUGUGUUGGCGUUCUCUGGAGGUGUGCGGAUGUGGCAGCCGGCCCUGGUUGAGUCCACUGAAGAUCUGUGUAUGGAGGCAGUGCAGUGGUUGAGUCAGCUCAGCUCACACGGAGCUUCCUCCACACUGCAAGCACUGCAGACAGGCUGUGGCUUGGCAGAUGAUGUUGGUCUGUAUCUGAUCUGUGAUGGAGGAUGUGACUCCAGCCACAGUCUAAUACUGACAGAGAUAGAGACACUGAGAAAAGAGAAGCGCUUCACCGUCCACACCCUCGCACUCAACUGCCAUGACAGAUCCGGCAGUGAGUUUCUGAAGUGUCUAGCCCAUAAAACAGGAGGACGUUUCCAUCAGGCUCCUGACGACACGGAUACGGCUCUUAUCAGAAAACUGCUGUCAGACCCCUGCAGUGCAGACACAGUGCUUCCAAAAUUUGAGGGGGAUGAUCUAAGGAAACUAUCAGAGGAGAUUGAGAAGCUGAGAUUGUUCCAGAAACAAGCUAAAGCUUUCAGAAAAACUAUUUUGGGGUCAAGGAACCUGGAAGGAAUGUAGACGCUGAUCUCCACACCUAUUCAAAUCAUGACAGCUUUAUUUAUUCAGAAUAAACUACUCUAUGGAGUCAAAAGUGUGGUUUGAGUAAAUACAUUGUUUAACUCAACUAUCUAUAACAUCUAUAGAUAAUUGUGUGUUUCACUCAUUCGAACAUCUAUAAAUAAUUUCAUAAGGCCUAAUGUAAAAAUAUUUGUUAAAGGUGCAAUAUGUAAGAUUUCUGCCUGCUAGAGGUCGCUAGAGGCCUAUUCAAAACAAAGGCAUAGCUUGAUGAUGCCAAGUUU